GCCAUGGAACCGAUAUUGCCACCUGGGUUAUUUUCGACACCCCUGGUUUAUUUAGCCGCAAGGUGUUUUUAUUUGGGUUUUAAUAUAAAAAACACCUUAUUAGCUUAUUGAAAUAGUUUUAAGCUUAAAAGUACCAUCCAAGAACAUUCAGUGAUGGCGAACUUGGUGCAGAAGACAUUGCCCUUGACAAAAACCAGUACACCUGCGCUGCAAUUCUUACGGUUCAGGGGAAAAAUCAACAUACAACGCCCCAAAGCGCCGCAUUAUGAACGUGCUCGUGUGAUAGCCGUAACCCAACCAAAAUACCCGGAGGCUCCCAAGUCAAAAACAUGCUUCCAAUCGAGAACGGAACGUUUUCAACAGCAAGUUGAGAAUCCCUACAACGACAUUAUAGCACGAGAAGUGCGCAACUGGCUGGAACACUCCCAGCUGGUGGCCAUCUUCCACCUGAACUCCAUAACCUCCGAUGAAAUCUUCAAAGUGAGGGUCGACCUUCACAAACAGAACCUGCACCUCAAAUCCUACGGCCGUAAGAUCAUCGGAGAGGCUGUUAAGGACACUCGCUAUGAGGCGAUUAUGCCACUCUUUCACUCCAACCACUGCAUCGUGUUCUCACCGGACCAACAGCGUGUUUCCACUCUUCUGAAGAUCACACGUCGGGUGCCUCAAAUGGUGCUGCUUGGUGGUAUUGUGGAGAAGACACUGCUAAGCAGAAACGAACUUAUGGCCUACGCUCAGAUGCCAGGUUUGCAGGCGGCUCAGGCACAGCUCGUCCAGACCCUCAACCAAGCCGCUGGCAACCUUGUCCAGCAGCUUCAGGCCCACCAGAACAGCUUUGUCCAAGUCCUAGAUGUUCACGCUAAAGGUGAAGCCAAGGAUUCAACGCAAGAGUCCAAGGAAGAAACCAAGGAGUAGUAAUAAAAAAACAUUUGUUAAAUAACAAAAAAAAGCGAAAAUGUUUAUGUCUUUCAUACUAAACUAGCUGCUACAAAUUCUUUAACUA